AUGAACCAUCCCCUCCCUGCGGGAGGGGGCGCUUCGCGCCCAGCCAGUCACACCAGCGAGCCUCCCACCAGGGGGACUUGUGUUAAGAUCAAGUUCUGCCCAAAAAAUGUUCUUCAGACGACUCGAGUCGAAGGGACCCCAGGCCCAGUGUCACUGCUGUCUACACCGGGCUACACCCCCGGGGGAGUCAUUCAUCACAUCCUAAGCCGGGUAUGCCCCCCCCGGGGUACCCUACCCGGCCGGCUAGAAGAGGUGAUCGAGCUCGAACCAGUCCGGAAUCAACAUUUCUCCCUUCAGUUUACCACCACCACAAAAUCGAACAUACACAAAUUUUCGUCAAGAAUGGAUAUCAGCCGUACACUCGAGCUUUUGAACGUCCUUUACCCCUCACCUGACACACCAGCGCAUGCCUUGCCAAAUCAGAUCCAGCAAACUGAAGCUCAUAAGGCCUUAUACGACUUCAUGGCCGAGCCAUCUGCCUGGUCUUUGGCAAGCGAAAUAUUGGAUUCAUUAGGCACGCACGAAUGGGCACAAAAUACCAACGCAAGGUUCAUUGCCGCACACACAUUAGCCGUAAAAAUAUCUAGGGACUGGAAGAGUUUUCCUGCAGACCAGUCGCUCACCUUGAAAGAUCGGUUACUCCAGUGGUUACAACAAAGUGUCAUUCGCACGGCUUCAUCGGUUCCGGGAGAGAAGAUCGUGUUAAGAAAAUUAUCGGUUGCGAUCUCCGUGCUAUCAUUGAAGCUAGUCCCCGAACCGUUGAGAUGUUGGGAUAAUUGGCUCCUCGAAGUGAUUUCACGGCUAGCAGGUGGCCCAACCGUCACAGGUUCCUUGUUGGACGUAUUAACGGUGAUCGCAGAGGAAGCCGAACGGGCGGAUAUGUUGGGCGCUCGCAGGGUACAGUACGAUAAGUCUAUUCAAGAUGGCAGUGAACUCGUGAUCAGAACUUUGUCGGAUGCCCUCGUCUCAGAAUCUUACUCGAUAAGACUUGCAGCCCUGAGCUGCAGUCAAGCGUGGCUUUGCUCUUCUCACUUGAAUAUCGAUGGGCCUAUUACCCUAUGGCCAAUUUUACUGGACUUGCUAUUUAAUUCCAAAUACCUUUUGGCUUACAUAAAUCCAAAUAACUCAAUCAAUAUUGCCGACGAGGAAGAGGAUAUUGUCCAAAAGUCAGCUGAUUGUAUUGAAGAGUUGGUGUCUGGCAGCCGUGGAGGAGCGAGUAUUGGGGCUGGCUUUGUGACCAAGGCGAGGGCUGAAGUUCUUCUAGACUGGUUUAGCGGCGACCUUGUAGGUUCUAUUAUUGAGCAAUCAGUAGCUUCAGGAGAUGUUCCCGACGCGAUCUUAUCCAUCUACAAACUUUUCACUUCCCUGUCCGAGCACUCCAUUGCCGGCAUCGCAGCAACCCUCUCAUCACCUCGAAGUUUGAAAAUAGUGAGGCAUUUAUUGCGACUAAGCACCUUUCCCGGCUAUGGAGGAAUCGACGAAAAUAUAUCGACUCUUAUUCUUCCGAUUUGGACGCUGUUGCAAGAGGAGCUCAACGACUUGGGAUAUUUGGGAAGCGCCCCGGAAGACUCUGAUUUUGAUGCACCACCUUCUCUGAUCCAGCAAAACCACCCAGAGCUAAGAUCCCUAUCAACCCAGCUCUUCAAAACGUUAUCGCAAGGCUUGAGACUCAAAUCAACUUGGCCGAAGCAUAAUUUCAUUGCUGAAAAUUGGACUAAAGACAUGGCAGCCUCUUUCAAGUCGCACACCAGGGCCGACUUGGCAGAGUGUCUUUUGGCUUGCUAUUACGUUUGCCGCGAAGAAUUGCUGCUCGAUUUGGUCAUUGAAACGAAGUCGCUGCUAAGUAGAACUCAGGGGCCCAAUGAUUGCUAUGAGGAUCUAGAAGCAUGUCUCUUUUGUAUUCGAGCGAUCCAAGAUGGGAUUCCAAUUGAAGAAAAUACUGCUUUGCCGCUAGUGUUUAGUUCUGAAAUCUUAGGAGGGAUCCCCAAUGGAGAUACGCCACCUUUGCUUCGGCUCAAAGGCACAUGUUUAAAUUUGAUCGCAUCCUUUUCAGAAUGGCUCAAGCAUCGACCAAGUCAUUUACUUUGCUCCCUCAAUUUGGUCGCACCGUCCUUGAAUUGCCCCGACCCGGAAACCAUCUCGCUGGCAGCUAACGCCUUGCGCAGGCUUUGUCAUGAAGGUAGGAAGGUCCUGGUCAACGAAAUCCCACCUUUGGCAGAGUUGAUUCGGUCUACUGAAGGGAAAAUCAUGCCCGAUGAGUAUAACAAGGUUUUGCAGGCGGUUGCGAGCGUACUCCAAGCUCUCCCCCCCAAGGAUCUCGUUCAACCAAUUCUUAGUUUAAUGAAUCCAGUUUUAACACGACUAGAUCUCGCUCUACGGCAACAUUCUCAGGCACCUGAUCCCAAUAGUCGUAUGGUUAUCAUCACUCAACUUCAACAGUUGAAGGCUUGUAAUCAGGGGCUUUCUGAACCUGACGAAGAAAUCAUUUUACUCGACAUUGAUGAUGAAUCUAAUUCAGAAAAAGAGAAGAUGACUCAGUUGACUCAAUUGGAACCCAUCCGAAACCUGCAACAAACUCUCUGCCAGUUAAUCUCCUGCGCUAUGGUCCAAUCUUUAGGUGAUGUCGAUAUGGCUGUGACCCUAUCGGAACUUGCUCGAUCAUGUACAUCCAGCAGCAUUCCUACAGCAAUCUCACUGGAUCCUUUUCCGCUUCUCACAACCUGUAUCUCGAACAUCAGCCGCGAUCGUGCGAACCUAGCCAUUUGGUUCUCGCUUUCAACUUCUUUGGUCAUUGCUACCUGCCGAAUUAAAGGUCAAGAUUUUCCUCAAGACCAAUGGAGUGCUCUCUUGGGCUGCGUCAAAGAGUCGGUGAAGGUCACUGCUUCCGUGUUGAAUUCUGAUGCUCAGAUGAUCCAAGAACCAGAUUUGGUUCAGACAUUUCUGCAGCUCUGCGCAGCGAUCAUUGAACGAUACGGACAGAUGUUUGUAGCUCUCAAAGAUGAGUUACAAAUCAUUGUUGCCAUCGCCAUUGCGGGAUUGAAAGUUGAGGAAAGAGUUGCUUUACAGGCUGCAUUAGACAUCCUUAGGAUUUUCGCUCAUCAAACGCAGAAGGCAUCCUCGCAAGCCCAAGCUGAUUUGUUCCUCGAAUUAUUGACUCUGCAUGGACAGCAAGUCUUGAACCACAUUCUUCUCGGGAUUGGGGGAAAGCUCCCGAGAAGUUCUUUACCCAGCCUAUCUGAAACUUUACACUGUUUUGUAAUCAAAUUACCUCACCUCAGUCAGAUGUGGCUUGCCAAACUUCUGGAAUCACCCGGAUAUCCAAACGAAAAGUUGACUGAAGACAAGAAAGCUAGGUUUUUGAAGAACAUUUGCGCUGCUCGAACGCUCAAGAAGGCCAGAGACGUGUGCACUGAUUUUGCCAUCGUUUCGAGAGGGCUUGAAGGAACUGCAUAUGGCGCGAGUCAGAUGAGUCUAUCAUUUGCAGACUAAUUUAUGUGUGCCCACACCCAAUUACAACCAUUGGUGGAAUCUAUCAACACCAGAUUGUUUUCACUUCUCUGAAUCCGUUCUGAAGCGUGUCGUCACUGUCCCCCUUUGUUGUAAUUUACAAUGUGCCCCGCACUCCACCUUGUGGUGCCAAGUUGAGGACAGCAGUACAAAUUUCUUGACUGUCAGUCACUCGGGAAAUCUUGUAUUGCCUUGGGGGGUUGGUACCAACAUGG